AUGGUCUCUCAAUCAGGGGCAGUAGCAUCCUAUUUUCCCGGCUUCAGAGCCGUUUCCGAUCAGAUCUUCGUUCGCGACGCUCACUCCGCCACAGAAACACCAACAUUAUCAAAUGCAGACAACGUCAAAGUCCUGAUCAUAUUCGCCUGGGGUGACGCGCAACCCAAGCAUGUCACAAAAUAUGCCGAUGGAUUCCGCUCGCUAUAUCCAGGGGCGAAGCAGAUCGCCGUCCUAUCCCCAAUCUACAAAGCAAUAUGGCGUACGAUGGGCCAGCGAAUCGAGGCAAUGGAGCCCAUCCUGGACGAGGUUUUCCCUAGUACAUCGGACGAAAAAGAGCAGCAUGACGGGUCCGGCGUCUUGAUUCAUGUCAUGUCCAACACUGGGGGCAUUGCCUAUGCCGCCACGCUCCACGCGUAUCGAAACAAAUACGGUCGGCCAUUGCCCCAUCGACUCGCAGUCCUCGAUUCGACCCCUGGUAGCACGGAUCUAACGUUGGCCAACAUGAAGCGGUUCGCGCUGGCAAUGGCACUCGGAACAGCCAAGUGGUUCCCAUGGCCGUUCUUCGUUACCCGCGGGCUGUGGGCCGUCUUUUUGUACGUGCUGAAUCUUAUCGAAAAGGUACUUGGGCGGACCAGUGCUGGCGCCGAGAGCGUACGGACCGUCGAGACGCCAGAGCUGGCAAGCAUCGCGACGAGACGCUUGUACCUAUAUGGGAAAGAGGACCGCAUUAUUCUGUGGACGGACAUUGAGAAGCAUGUUGCCAAGGUGCGAGAACGAGGAUGGAAAUCCGAUUGUCAGCUAUUCGAAGGGAGCGGUCACGUUGAUCAUAUGCGCAAGAGUCCAGUGGCAUAUUGGAAGGCCAUUCAAGAUGCCUGGGACGCGAGCACGGCGUCGAAUAAAUAG